UUGAACAUUCGAGCCACUCAAGUGGCCAGCUAAUGUGCCUGAACGAGCCGCGACGCAACUCAAGUACCGGUACAGCUCGACCGUGGCUGGAGCCCUGAACUGCACUGCUAGGGCUGUUGGUGUCAUCGCAGCCCAACACUGACAAAAAAGGGCAUCUGCGUAAGAAAUAACACGGCCGUCCUAUGAGCAAACGCAGGCUGUCCGGCUCGCAAGGCCGCAAUGAAGAGCAAUCACCCCCGCCGGGCAAGCAACUGUCAACUAGGACAGCCGAGUCACCACUGGUCUCGAAGCGGAGCCGCCACGAGGCCGGCUGUUCCUCAGCCUCAACGCCCAGUGAGGGCUCCGCGAAAAGGCUGUGUUCGGAGCAGGAAGUUGGCAGUGACAAACCCAAGACGCCUCGGACGUGGCUGCUAUCCAAGGCUGCCGAGUCCCGGCUGCCCGGCUGGAUAUCGGAGCGCGAUUGGAGGGAGGCCGGCUCAUCUUCGGGCUCCAGUCGAAACUCCUUCGAGAGGUUAGAUCCGGGCAACAAACCCUCCGACACGGCGCGAACGCAACGAGGGAUGGACACGGCGCCAGGCGCCGCUUCAGGGAUUCAUCGCCCGCGCCGCUCGCACGAAAACGACGCGUCCCGGCGAAGUCAAGCGGAAGCUGUUCGGAGCAUGAGGAAUGUAGAACCUGCGGCGGAAGAGGACCAGGUAGUGCCGAACGUCGUUAUUUACGAAGACGAGGACGACCAGCUAGUUGUGGGUGAGCAGCUGGUGCCGACAGCGACCCCCGAUGUGGCUGCUGCUUGACGCUCCUAUGGCGGUUGACGCUGCGUGGUUCGGUGAAAUAGCGCGCUCCGCUUCCAUGCCAGAACAAAAUGACUAGGAUUGGCCUUGCAUAGAGUUGAGCAACACGGCUACACUGUAAAAUAAUUUACACGCUUA